GACACUGUCAACCAUUUGCUGCUGAUCUUCAUUGAUGAUAGUCCGCCUGAGAAAGCAACUGAACCUAGUUCUUCAUUGGUUCCAUUCCUUCAGAAGUUUGCAGAGCCAAGAAAUAAAAAGCCAUCUGUCCUGAAACUGGAGCUAAAGGAGAUCAGAGAUCAGCAAGACCUUUUAUUUCGGUUUAUGAGCUUCCUGAAACAGGAAGGGGCCGUCCAUGUUCUGCAGUUCUGCCUGACUGUAGAGGAAUUCAAUGACCGAAUUUUGCAACCAGAACUGUCAGAUACUGAAAAGGUGUCUCUUCAUGAAGAAGUACAGAAAAUUUACAAAACUUACUGUUUGGAUGAAAGCAUUGACAAAAUAAGAUUUGACACUUUUAUUGUGGAAGAGAUUCAAAGAAUUGCUGAAGGUCCAUAUAUGGAUGUUGUGAAACUUCAAACUAUGACGUGUCUUUUUGAAGCUUAUGAGCAUGUACUUUCUCUACUUGAGAACGUUUUUACUCCUAUGUUCUGUCACAGCGAUGAGUACUUCAGACACCUUUUAAGAGGAGCAGAGUCACCAACACGCAAUUCAAAGUUUAACAGAAGUAGCCUGAGUUUGGAUGACUUCCGGACCACACAGAAGAGAGGAGAGUCGUUUGGAAUCAGCAGAAUAGGCAACAAAAUAAAAGGUGUAUUCAAGAGUUCUGCAAUGGAGGGAGCUAUGUUGCCUAACUAUAACUUAAAUGAAGGAGAGGAUGACUUUAUUGAAGAAGGCGUUAUGGUGAUGGAAGAUGAUUCUCCCGAGGAGGCUGUUAGUACUCCAAAUACACCCCGCAACCUUGCUGCAUGGAAAAUUAGCAUCCCAUAUGUAGAUUUUUUUGAUGAUCCCUCCUUGGAAAGGAAAGACAGAAAGGAAAGAAUUCCUGUGUUCUGCAUUGACGUAGAGCGAAAUGAUAGAAGAGCAGUUGGGCAUGAACCUGAACACUGGUCCGUCUACAGGAGGUAUCUUGAAUUUUAUGUGCUUGAAUCGAAGCUAACGGAAUUUCACGGUACGUUUCCUGAUGCUCAGCUUCCCUCAAAGAGAAUCAUUGGCCCCAAGAACUACGAGUUCUUGAAAUCGAAGAGAGAGGAGUUUCAGGAGUAUCUGCAGAAACUUCUGCAACACCCAGAACUAAGUAACAGCCAGCUUUUAGCUGAUUUCCUGUCCCCUAAUGGAGGAGAGACUCAGUUUCUUGAUAAAAUGUUGCCUGAUGUGAAUCUUGGUAAAAUUAUAAAAUCGGUUCCAGGAAAGCUGAUGAAAGAGAAAGGUCAGCAUUUGGAGCCAUUCAUCAUGAAUUUUAUCAACUCCUGUGAAUCUCCCAAGCCUAAACCAAGUAGGCCUGAACUUACCAUUCUGAGUCCCACUUCCGAAAACAACAAGAAG